AUGGCUCCCGUCCUCGACCCCCCGCAGACCAUCGACUGGAUGGGCAAGAAGGUGCCCGUCUGGUCUAUGCAGACCAUUAACUACGGCCUGCUUCUUUCUCAGGAUCCCUCUGAGAUUGACAAGGUGGUCAAUGCCUGCCUGGAGGACGGCUACUUCUACCUGGACCUCCAGGGCAUCGAUGGCCGCCGCAUGCUGGCCGACCAGCAGGAGACGCUCAAGCUGAUGAAGCGCUUCUUUGACGCGCCGUUGGAAGCCAAGAACGAGUUUGGCCUCAUCUCGUCCCAUCUUGGCUACGAGCCUGUCGGCAGCCGCACCGGCGUCGCGGCCGGCACCAAGGACGGAUACGAGAUGCUCAAGGUCUCGCGAGACGAGAUCCAGCGCGACAGCCCCAAGAUCCCGACCACGGUCAAGAACAGCGGCGACCUGCAGAUCCUCGAGAACGCCAUCGGCAGCUGCAACACCGUCACCAAGGUCAUCCUGUCGGCCUUGUCCACCGGCCUCCACCUGACGGGCGCCGGCCGCUUCGAGAACUCGCACCGCAACGAGCGCCCGUCGACGACGACUCUGUCCAUGAUGCACUACCUCCCCUCGGAGCUGGCCGGCGAGAACCGCAUCGGCCACCAGAAGCAUACCGACAUCAGCACGCUUACCCUCCUCUUCAGCGAGCAGUGGGGCCUCCAGAUCCGCCCGCCGGGCACCUGCGGCGCUCGCGAGAUGGGGUUCGUCGCCCCCAAGCCCGGCUGCGCCUUUGUCCACGUGGGCGACUCGCUGCGCUUCGCCAGCGGCAUGAAGUUCCAGAGCUGCAUCCACCGCGUCGUGCCCUUUGACCCCACCGAGCACCGCUACUCCAUCGCCUACUUCCUGCGCGCCGAGGACGACACCAUGUUCAUCGACUCGGAGGGCCGCGCCAUCACCGCCGGGGAGUGGCACGACCAGAAGUUCAAGGCCUUUACCGACCCUGAGCUGUGGCAGGCCAUGGCGCCCAAGUCCAUGAUCCUGGGUGGCAUGAAGGAGGACGGCGAGGACACGCCCAUUGAUCUGCCUGCUGCCAAGGCGACGGCCCAGAGCGCUGUGCCGACCAAGGCAUAA